CAGCAAAUAUAGCAUAAGAGUGGUCUUCUGGCACAGAGGAGAGUGACAUCAAAGACAUCAGAUUUAUUUGACAAAAGGUCCAGUAAAGAAGAAUGGAUUCUACAGAAAAACAGUUAUUUCAGAACCUGAAUGGAUUUUUCUUCUCAAAAAUCAUGUUUACUGCCUCUGAGCUGGGAAUAUUUGAUCUUCUGAUGGAAUCGGGGGAACUCUUGACUUCAGAGGCUAUUGCCAAACGCCUGGGCACCAGCCACAUGGGCAUGGAGAAGCUGCUGGAGGCUUGUGUGGGUUUAAAUCUCCUGAGAAUGGAAAAGAAGGACAAUAAAGGUCUUUAUGGAAACACAAAGCUUGCCAAUCUCUACCUUGCUAAAUCAAGCCCAAAGUCACAGUAUUAUUACAUGCAGUUACAGUCUGAAGUCUUCUAUCCAAGUCUGCAGUACUUGGCUGAUGCUGUAAGGGAAGGAAAAAGUCAAAUCAAGUCAAUAUAUGGACCUUCAGCAAAAAACUAUUUUGAUGCUCUUUAUAGUUCAGAGGAAGGCAUGCAAAAAUACUUCUGGGCCCUGGAGAAUACUUGGAAUAUGAUUGGUAGAGAAGUGAUGUCUGCAUUUGAUCUUUCUAAUUUCCAUCUCAUUUGUGAUCUGGGAGGCUCUACUGGUACCUUAGCCAAAGAAUGCACUUCAUUGUACCCAAAUUCUACUGUGAUCAUUUUUGAUCUACCUGAAGUAGUGGAAAGGUCAAAGAAGCACUCUGUGGCCCCAGCAGGUGGCAAGAUUUUAUUCCAGGAAGGGGAUUUUUUAAAGGAUCCUGUCCCUGAAGCUGACCUGUACAUUGUGGCAAGAGUCCUGCACUUGUGGGAUGAUGAGAAGUCUGUGCAACUGCUAACCAAAUUACACAAGGCCUGCAAACCUGGUGGUGGAGUGCUAGUAAUUGAAUCAAUUCUGAAUGAUGACAGGAGUGGACCUCUUGAAGCCCACGUUACUUCCUUAAAGAUACUGCUCAACACGGAUGGGAAAAUCCGGACCCCAUCAGAACACAGUGAGCUUUUUAGUGCAUCUGGCUUCAAGAAAGUUGAAGUAAAGAAAGGAAGCCUUUAUGGCAUUAUUUUGGGAAGAAAGUAAUGUUGCUCCUGCUUUGUUCUUGUGAUGGAAGUCAGGAUAAUAAAAUUCUGUUCAUUUCCUUCUUCUGGACACUAUUUCAAAACACAAUAUGGCACUGCAUUUCCUCCAAUUUCCUCUUCUUUUUCUUUUGUAGUUACUUGAAUAGAUUGGUUGAAGGGGACCUAUGACCUUUUGUAAUUCCCAUCAUCCCAAGAACACUGACAAUACUUUUUGAGAUUCUUGGUCGUUGGUGUCCAAGAACAAGUGGAGAGUGACAGGUUCCCCAUGUCUCCUCAAGAUACAUUUUGAUUAUUUAUAAUCCUUCCAAUAAGUUCGAAUUCACAACUGGUAGUAGCUGUGUUUAAGUCAUAGAAAAAAGUAAUGACAUGCUAUGAAAUCUCCAUGUUGUAACUUCCCUUCAGGCCAUCUAAAGUCAACUGUAUUUGCCCAGAGGUUCACACACAUAUGAUUAAGCAGACUGGUGCUUGACUUGUUGAACAGAAAAGCAUCCAUACAAGUAGUAAAAGUAGCAGCCAUGGAUACUCAAUAUGCUAAUAGCUUUUUGACCUCACCUUACUAUAAUAUAGUUAAUUUAAGUAACGUUAGCAGGUUUGCUUUCAGAACAUAUGCAUGAGCACCAUUCAUGUUCUGAUGAUACUCUCUUUCAAGUUCUGUUGCAUUUUAAUCCUAGUAUAAGGAAGCUAUUCCUUUAAUUAAAUGACAGAUCAAAGAAAAACUGAGGCCAGAAUCCUGGAUUUGGACAUAUGUUGUAAAGUUCCAUAUAUGCAGAACUAAGGAGAUUAUUGCAUUAGAAAUAAUGUGAUUUAUCCCUGACGGGACACAGUCAUGUUUCAGUUUAUAAAUGGGUAUUAUUGCAUGUAAA